AGGCUACUUCCGCCGUAAGUACGAUCCCUGGCGACCGUUCACCCCUAGAAGCAAUCGACGACGAUAUACUGACCGAAGAGAUGGAUCUGAGAAUCUUUAGGUUUGGGAAAGAAGGAGGGAUCAUCGAAGCUAUCCAGAUUACUGGCAUAAUUCAAGGAACCGACGAGGAUACGAUAUCCACAUCCCACGGAUUCAACGCGAAAGUCCUAAUCAAUCUCACUCCUUCCGAAUUCAAACCAAGAACAGAAGGAAAUGUUGUUACAGCUUCAGGGAAUGAUAAGUUAGGAAGAGAAGUAGAGGACCUAGGUAUUGUUAAUCCUCUGCAGCUGGAAGAAUUCCCAAGAGUAGAACAAGCUAAAAGGAACUCUUCACUGGAGCCACUGAGCCGGGAAGAGCAAUGUUUAAUUGACGGGCUGUUUAACCAAAAUUUGGAGGUGCAAGCAUCAAGUUUGGGGGACCCUAUGCAAUCAGAGCUGGACCUCAUGAUAAUUGAUGAUAAAGUAGAAGAUCAGGCAGGAGGAGACCUUCAAAAACAGUAUGAGAUGCUAAAGCCGAUUUUCGAACAACACAUUAGCGAUGACUUUGAGAAUUCUCUUUGGAUGAUCAAGGAAGCGUUACGCUCGCCUUUUGUCAAGGAUAAGAUCCAACAGGGGCUAGUGUCAACACUUCGGGGGAAGGCAAUAAAAGCGAAAAGGGAGGCUAUGAAGAGUGCACAGUGCAUCAGGGCUAUUAAACUGAAAGCUUCAGCACUGGGAAAGCCACUGAAACUGGGCAGGAAAACAGCCAUGGGAAUCUAUCCGGGCAGUGCUAAAGUCUGUGUAGAAAUGGAUGUCUCCAUUUCCAAACCUCCUAAGAUUCAUCUUAGACUUGGCACAAGAGACCUAUGGCUACCUUGCUCAUAUGAAGAUCAUCCCCCUUUCUGUUCAAAAUGCCUAAGGUUUGGUCACCAGCUUUCCCAUUGCCAGAAACUCUCAUCUCAGGCAGAAUUGUUGGGGCCCUCAAGAGCGGGAGGUUCAAAGCAAGAAUGGAAAAUGGUCAUGAGGAAGGUUCCAAAACCCAGUCAUGAUUUGAGGCGUAAGGCCCCCACCCCUGAGGAACUUUCUUCUCAAACAGAAACUGAAUACGAGGCUAAUCCAACCCAAGAGAAUAGGGAAAGAAUGCAAAAAGCCAAUGCUGAGCUCAUCCUUGCAACCAAGUUGGAGGAUGUUUUGAUAGCUUCUCAAGAUUUCUUCAUGGGGCAACAUAUUCCAAAAGCUUAUGGAAGCACCUUUCUAACCCUCAUUCCUAAAACAGAAAACCCAAAGAGAUUUGAGGAUUAUAGACCAAUCUCCCUGUCCACAUUCAUGAGCAAGAUUAAUACAAAAAUCCUGGCCAAGAGGCUAAACACCCUCCUACCCAAACUGAUCUCCAAGGAGCAAGCAGCAUUUCAAAAGGGAAAAUCAAUUGAUGAUCACAUCCUCAUGGCACAGGAGGCAGUUCAUCUUUUGGAUAAAAAAAGUGUAUGGAGAAAUCUGCUCAAACUCAAGGUCACUCUAGAUAUAUACCUCAAGGCUACUGGGCAAGAGAUCAACCUUAACAAGAGCAGAUUCUACACAUCAAAGCACAUAACCAGCUCCCAAAAUCAACACAUGGAGAAGGCUCUAGGAAUCAAAAGAGGGAACCUAUCUUUUACCUAUCUGGGAGCUCCUAUCUGUAAAGGGAUUCUGAGAAAAGAGCACUGCAAAGAUAUCUUGGGACAUUUUGAAAAACUUAUUCACUCUUGGUACAGCAAGACUCUCAACCAGAUGGGUAGACUUAUACUAAUAAAACAUGUUUUAUCUUCAAUCCCAUUACAUACCCUUGCUGUCCACACCAUUCCCAAAUCAAUCAUCCACACCCUCAACAGAUACAUGGCCAACUUUUUGUGGGGACAAAAGGAAGGAUCCCAUAAAUACCACUGGGUUAGAUGGGCACAAAUAACAAAACCUGAUGUAGAGGGAGGGCUGGGGAUCAAAAGCUUAAAGGACCUACAACAAGCAUACACCCUUAAACUUUGGUGGAAGGCAAGAAAUGACAUUGGGAUAUGGGGGCCCUAUGUGAGAGCCAGGUAUAUGAAAACAGGAAUCAUGAAGGAAAGGAUCACUGACUCUCCAACAUGGAAAAGGAUUUGCAGAUCUAAUGAUCUGGCAACAUCCCAUACCACCACUACUAGUUCAGGCUUGCUUUGGGAAGGAGGAAACUUCAGCCUCAAGAGUGCUUUCAACAUGGUCCAGGGAAGUGGGACAAACAUAUUAUCCUGUAAAUACAUUUGGCACAGCUCAAACAUCCCAAAAAUCAAGAUCUUCUUGUGGAGACUCCUAAACAGUGCCCUUCCUUUCCCUAAAAACCUAUGCCGUUUCAUGGCAGCCCUUCCCAGUUUCUGUCCUCUUUGCCAUAAAGAUAACGAUGACAUUGAUCACUCCAUGCUCCACUGUCCAACUGCAAAAGAGGUAUGGAACUUCAUGGCUUCCAUUUCCAAUGGCCCAAGGGUUAAGGAGAACACCACAUUACGUCAACAUCUUCUUGCAUGGUAGUUUGGUAGCAACACCAAACACUUCAGAGGUAAACAAAAAGAAUGAAGUGAUGAAUUCCUG